AGGAAGGGAGGGGUGAUUUAUCCAGUUCUUCCUUGAACUCACAUUUGUCACCGCUGAGGAAAAAGAGAACAGGAUCGGAGAUUCGUGCCCUGCUGGUUCCCUGAAGAUGGGUUUGCGGACACUUCCAUCUGCAGACCGAGGCUGGGUCAAGAUGGCGUCUGUGUUUCGCAGUGAGGAGAUGUGUUUGUCACAGUUAUUUCUCCAGGUGGAGGCUGCCUAUUGCUGUGUGGCUGAGCUUGGAGAGCUUGGAUUGGCUCAGUUCAAAGAUUUAAAUAUGAACAUGAACAGCUUCCAAAGAAAAUUUGUGAAUGAAGUCAGAAGGUGUGAGUCACUGGAGAGAAUUCUCCGUUUUCUGGAAGAUGAGAUGCAAAAUGAGAUUGCAGUGCAGUUGCCUGAGAAGUCUCCACCAACCCCUCUGCCACGGGAGAUGAUCGCCCUGGAGACUGUUCUAGAAAAACUAGAAGGAGAGUUACAGGAAGCCAACCAGAACCAACAGGCUUUGAAGAAAGGCUUCCUAGAAUUGACUGAACUCAAACAUCUACUGAAGAAAACCCAGGACUUCUUUGAGACAGAAACCAAUUUAGCCGAUGAUUUCUUUAUGGAAGAUACUUCUGGUCUCCUGGAGUUAAGAGCAGCACCUGUAUACAUGACUGGAAAGCUGGGGUUCACGGCUGGCGUGAUCAACAGGGAGAGGAUGGCUUCCUUUGAGAGGCUGCUGUGGCGAGUGUGCCGAGGAAACAUCUAUUUGAAGUUCAGUGAGAUGGAAGUGAGUUUGGAGGACCCUGUCACGAGAGAAGAAAUUAAAAAGAAUAUCUUCAUCAUAUUUUAUCAAGGAGAACAACUCAGGCAGAAGAUCAAGAAGAUCUGUGAUGGGUUUCGAGCCACCGUCUACCCCUGCCCAGAGCCUGCGGCGGAGCGGACACAGAUGCUGGCUGAUGUCAACGUGAAGCUGGAAGAUUUAAUCACUGUCAUAACUCAAACAGAGUCUCACCGCCAGCGGCUCCUGCAAGAGGCAGCUGCCAACUGGCACUCCUGGGUCAUCAAAGUGCAGAAGAUGAAGGCCAUCUACCACAUCCUAAACAUGUGCAACAUUGACGUCACCCAGCAGUGUGUCAUUGCUGAAAUCUGGUUCCCGGUGGCAGACGCCGGGCGCAUCAAGAGGGCACUGCAGCAAGGCAUGGAAUUAAGUGGCUCCUCCAUGGUCCCCAUCAUGACCUCAGUGCAAUCUAAAACAGAUCCUCCCACCUUUAACAGGACAAAUAAAUUCACAGCUGGUUUCCAGAAUAUUGUAGAUGCGUAUGGUGUAGGCAGUUACCGGGAGAUAAACCCAGCUCCCUAUACCAUCAUCACCUUCCCCUUCCUGUUUGCCGUGAUGUUUGGAGACUGUGGUCAUGGAAUUGUGAUGCUACUGGCCGCGCUUUGGAUGGUCCUGGAUGAGAGACGCUUGCUCUCCCAGAAGACAGACAAUGAGAUCUGGAACACCUUCUUCCAUGGUCGCUACCUGAUCCUCCUUAUGGGCACCUUCUCCAUCUACACGGGCUUGAUUUACAACGACUGCUUCUCCAAGUCUUUCAACAUCUUCGGCUCUUCUUGGAGUGUCCAGCCCAUGUUCAGGAAUGGCACGUGGAAUAUGCACAUCAUAGAAGAAAAUCCGUAUUUACAGCUGGACCCAGCCAUUCCAGGAGUGUACUCUGGAAAUCCAUACCCAUUUGGGAUUGAUCCGAUUUGGAACAUGGCUUCAAACAAACUGACAUUCUUGAACUCCUAUAAAAUGAAGAUGUCGGUCAUCCUGGGAAUCGUCCAGAUGGUUUUUGGCGUCAUUCUCAGCCUUUUCAAUCACAUAUACUUCAGAAAAACUCUCAACAUCGUUCUGCAGUUUAUCCCUGAGAUGAUUUUUAUCCUGUGUCUGUUUGGAUACUUGGUUUUCAUGAUCAUUUUCAAAUGGUGCCACUUCGAUGUCCGCGUGUCCAAGUGCGCCCCGAGCAUCCUCAUUCACUUCAUCAACAUGUUUCUGUUUAACUAUAGCGACCCUUCCAAUGCACCCCUGUACGAACAUCAGCAAGAAGUCCAAAGUUUCUUUGUUAUUAUGGCUUUGAUUUCUGUGCCAUGGAUGCUGCUGAUUAAGCCAUUCAUUCUUAGAGCCAAUCAUCGCAAAUCCCAGACGACUUGUCCACCAGGGAAGGACGUGGAGAGGUCGUCGUUAGUCCGCCGUGGUGGAUGACACCUCCUAGACUGACUGUGGGAAGCAGGAGCUCCCCAAGAGCCUUGUCUCCUUGGUCCUUGGGAUGUGAGGUGGUCCCUUAGGCUGCUGCUGAGGGCCCUGCUGGUCCUUUCCACAUCAGAAACGUUUCCACCAUCUCCACCCAAGAGAUGAUUCUAAACUGGUGGUAUUUGGCCCUCUCCCAGUUUUGCCUAUGAAACCUUAAGGAGGCCCAGUGCACAGAGAUUAUAAACAGAUUUGUUCUGAUGGGCCUUAGGGGAUAUGAGCGGAGUUCCCAUCUACUCAGCUCCUCUCUGACCCGCGGCCCUGCAGAAUGUGGUUUGGAUCCCCAUCGGUAGAGGGCCACGUCUAGUGGUAUGGCCUUGUGGCUUGGGCCGCACAGGGCCAGGGAGUGAGUACUCAUCUCGCACCCCUGGGGCCUCUCGCCUUCUGCUUCCUCUUCUGACUUGCUGCCAUGGACUCAGGUGUCUCUCAUGCCCAUAUUUUGGGUCACAGUGAAGUAACUUUUAUUUCUAUAUAAAGUCUUUACAUUUAUAUGUGUACAUUUUAGGGUAUUGUUUACUGAAGUGUAACAUACAUACAGAAAAGGGCACAGAUGAUCAGGGCACAGAUCAUGAAGUAUCACAGAGCAGACACAUCUGUGUGACGGGCACUCAGAUCAAUACACAGAACACCCUCACCCUCACCCCUAGGGUGGCCGUUACCCUGACAACAAACACUAGUGGGUAGCUUAGCCUGUUCUUGAACUUCAUGUAAAUGGAACCACGCCGUAUGCCCUCUUUUGGAUCUGGCUUCCUUCAUCCAGUGUUAGAUAUUGUGUGUGACUGUUCUAUUGUAUCCCUAGCAUGAAUUUGCCACAAUUUACCCAUUCAUGACUGAGAUGUUUGCACUCUUGAUAAUUAUAGGUGGUGCUGCUUUAAAUACCCCGGGCAUGUGUUUGGCACGUGUGUUUUCAGAAGGUUGCUGACACCGUAUUUAAAGUUGGUCUGCUAUCCAUUUUAUUUCCCUGGGCACCAAGCUCAAACACUGUCAGCUGUUGAGUAAGCAGAGAAGAUAGGCCCUGGGAUUCAAAGUCCAAUAUUGUGCUUCUGCAAGAUUAUUCAUGUUCAUUUUAGCCAAUUCUGGGUUAAUAACCAGAGAAGGCUAGAGUUCAGGCAUGAAAAUGGAGAGACUAUCUUUUAUUUCUUUUUUGAAACUUUCUUCCUUAAGUUGGGGGGAAGAAAUUAGGAUUUCAGGAAGACAAAGUAAUGUUAACAUGUGCCACAUCCCUCACCAUGGGGCUGGAGCCAUGGGGCUGGGAAGCAGGCUUAGGGAGAGCCCCUCUCCGUACCGGGCACCCUGGAGUUCCUGUCCACGUGGACUCAAGCCCACUUCCAGGCUCUGCCCAGGGCCAAGCACACAGCGGUACGGCUACCUCAAGACCCUGGCAUGGCCGAGGUGCCGCUGCUUGUGGGGAAUGUGGGUGGCCACGGAAACGGCAGUGGCAGGGUCCACGCCGUGGGAUGAAAACAAGGAGGGAAGGGAGGGCGGCAUGCCGUGGUGCAGGGCCAGCAAUCCCCUGCUGCCGCGCCCCAGCGUGGGACUCUGGAUUCGAACCUGGCCUUUCAGGUUCUUCUGAGGAUUUAUUUAUUGAAAUAGGAGGCUCGAACCUAUUUUAUUUAGGAGUUUAUUGACUUGAUUUAUAACUUAUAAAUAUUUAAACAUAUAGCAUAAGGACUUCCUUUUUACCUUUGCUUGGGCCUUUCCAAGUAUUAGGUGCAGACCUGCUAAAGAAAGAAAGUUAAGAUACUUCAAUGCCUAAUUUGCAAUACCCCACCUAUGAAAUCAUUUUAGGAGAAACUUUGGAUGGAGGUAUGAAGUUUCACAUUGACUUGAAAGACAUAUUCUAUUCAGACUCAGGGAUAAAACCAGGCCAGAUUCACUGGGGACUAUACCUAGAUUUUUUUUUCCUUAGCUAUUUUUAUAAAGUGAUGUUUUAUUUUUAAAAAGUAUAUUUGUGUUGGAAAGCUCAGUCUUCAUCUGUCCAGGCCGCUAUAAAAAAAUACCACAGAUACUAUCAUGGUAUAAUAUAAUACUAUAAUACUAAGGUAUGAUGGAAUACUGUCAUCUUUGGGGAUUAGGAUUUCAACAUAUGAAUUUCAGGGGAACACAAGCAUUCAGACCAUAGCAGUCAUUAAUCUCUCCUAAGUAAUUUUGCCCAUAGAAAUCUGACUGUUCAGAUCACAAGGCUGUGUCGAAGUACCACUGGCAAUUUUAUGACUCUAUUUUUGACAGUGGGAAGACACUCUGGUACAAGCAUGGGUUUACUGUGAAGAUUGUGAUUAAUUUGGCACAUCCCAGAACACCAUGGAGAAAAGCACCUGCUCUGGCAUCAGAAUGCCUGGGUUUAACCAGCCCUACCAGCUGUGUGAUCUUGGGCACAUUUCUGGACCUUUCUGUGCUGUUAAAGUGGGGUGAUAAUUAUGCAUUUAUAAAAUAUAAAAAGAUUAUUAUGAAGACUAAAUGAGAUAAUAUAGAAAAUCUAGAAUGGUGUUUGGUAUGUAGCUAGUAUUUGACGAGAACCUUUAUUUUAUGUGGAAUUGUUGUACAGAUUCUAAGGGCGAAUUUAGUGUCUCA